UUUUAGUUGUAGCAAAACAGAGGGUUUUACAUAAUGCUCAGUUGGAAGCGGCUUCGAUGCUCAUAAACCUCAGAAGAACAAUAGCCAUUCCAUUUCACCAAAAACCCACACUUUGCAAACUCCUCUCAACUCGUACACCAAAUCCAAACUCCAACUCGACACAGCCUCUUUCAGAAUCCCAACUCAAAUCCUUGGUUCUCAGCCGCUACGCUCGCGGCAAAUUCACCAACCUCCUCCAAAACGUCAUCGCUUUACCCGCUGUUCUCCUCACCGCCUGCCAAAACCUCACCACCCCUCAAACCCAGAAUGGCCUCCGCCUCUCCCUUCCCGACUCGGUCUCGAAGCGGUUCUCAAUUCACGAAAUGGGUCGCGAGCUCUGCGAGAAUCGGUUCGAUGUGGCAGCUUCUAGUGUCACAAUGGCGGCCCCAAGAAACGGAGGUGAGUCUCUGGUCUUACCCAGUUUGAAACUCAAAGUUUUGAUUGAAGCUAUUAGGAUUGUAUUGGGGGUUGUUUAUGAUGAACGCUUUGUGACGUUUUCUUACGGCGGUCGUGUUAAUAUGGGGAGGCACACGGCCAUUAGGUACCUUAAGAACUCUGUUGCAAAUCCCAGUUGGUGGUUUAGCGUUAGCUUUAAUGGGGGUAAGUUUGAACAACGACAUGUAAAUAAGCUAUGCUUGUUUAUGCACGAGAAAAUAGAGGAUGAGGUUUUGACUAAUAUCAUCAAGACAUUGUUUGAAUGUGGCGCGGUGAGAAUUGAAUUGGGUAGUUGUUGCUUUGGAAGAGGGUUUCCUCAGGAGAGUGGGUUGAGUUCGAUUUUAAUGAACAUUUACUUUAAUGGUUUCGACAAAGAAAUUCAAGAGAUGCGUCUGAAGAAGAAUCAGGAGCAUCCCAAAUUCGAGUCGAAUGAGCUUGUUUCAGAGGAUGGUGUUUUCUAUAAGCCUGUCAAGAUAUAUGCGGUUAGGUACUUGGAUGAGAUAUUAGUGAUGACGUCUGGGUCCAAAAUGUUGACUAUGGAUUUGAAGAACUGGGUUGUCAAGUACUUAGAAGGGAGUUUGGAAUUGAUGGUGGAUAAGAUUAAAACAUCUAUUCAUAGUGCAGUGUCUGAGAAGAUUGAUUUCAUGGGCAUGGAAUUACAGGCAGUUCCACCUUCGGUGUUGCACCCCCCUAUGUCUGAAAAAGCUAUUAGAGCACGAAAAAAGUACCUUAGACAGAAGGAAGUCAGAGCUAUAGAAUUGAAAAAUGCUAGAGAGAGGAACAGAAAAAAAUUGGGAAUGAAAAUAAUGAGCCAUGUUUUUAAAAAGUUGAAGAGCAGUGAUGGAUUGAAAUCUGAGUAUCAAAUUGAGAAUCAAGUCAGAGAAAUCUUUAGAACCUGGGCUGAUGAAGUGGUGCAAGAGUUCCUUGAGUCAUUGGAUGAGCGUUGGGAUUGGUAUCGAAAGCUAUCAGCAGGUAAUUUUCUGUCUUUAAGACAUAUUAGACAACAAUUGCCCGAAGAGCUUGUAGAUGCUUAUGAUAAGUUCCAAGAGCAAGUAGACAAGCAUUUGAACCCAGUCAGAGAUAGAAAAGCAAGAGAGGAAGAAGAAAGGAGGGUAACAGAAGAAGCGGAGCAGAAAUAUGCCAAGAGAACAGUUGAGGAUUUGACAAAGCUCUGUGUGAAAGCUGAUGCGCCUAUAGAAGUUUUGAGGAAGAUGGUCAAGUUAAUUGGGUUUACAAAUCAUAUGGGUCGUCCCAGGCCAAUCACUUUACUAACUGCUCUUGAAGAUGCUGAUAUCAUCAAGUGGUAUGCAGGUGUAGGGAGAAGAUUGCUUGAUUUUUACUGCUGCUGCCAUAACUUCAAGAUGGUCAAAACUAUUGUAACUUAUCACUUGAGGUUCUCCUGCAUCUUGACUCUUGCUGAAAAGCAUGAAUCUACCAAAAGUGAAGCCAUGAAACAUUAUACUAAAGAUUUGAAAGUCUUUGAUAUAAAUGGAAAUCAAGAAGUAUACUUUCCCACAGAAAGAGAGGUAAAGAUGAUGGGAGAUAAAAAUCUUUCUGAUCCAAUACCUGUGGAUGGGGCAUUUUCUUUGGCUCUGAUUAGAUUAGCUUCUGAUGAGCCUCCAUAUUCUUGUGUUGCUCAUUUCUGUGACAGAACUGAUACUAUUGUUUAUCGGGUACGAUUAUUGCAAAGUCGAUUGAAUCUGACCCCCGUGGAUGAUAAGAAAUGGGUGCCGGGGAUGGGUGCAAUUAAUGAGAGCCUCCAUCUGAAAUGCUUCCCUCUUUGUCCUGAUCACAUACAUGAUCUAUACAUGGGGAGCAUUACCUUUCAAGAUAUUGAUUGUACAUCAUUUGUGGAUGUAGACUGAAUUUUGAGUUCUCUGGCUUUGUGCCUGAUUUUGCAUAUCUGUUUAAGCCAGGUGGGUGAUCUGUACAUUCUAUCCAUUUAUAAAUGAUCAUAUGCAAUUGCUUAAA